AUGGCGCUCGUCCACUGCUCGUUCCAGCGCUGCGUCAACCUCGCUGCCCCGCGCACCGACAAGUGCCAACUGCAUCGGUUUCGAAGCGUCUGCAGCGUGCCCGACUGCGUAAACCAAGUCUACGCCCGGCAUCUCUGCGUGCGCCAUGGCGGCAAGCGAACGUGCCAGCACCCAACGUGCUCGGCCAACGCGCGGUCGGGUCUCUUCUGCACCAAGCACGGGCGGGCCCCCGAGUCGGCGCUCUGCACGAUCAGCGGGUGCACCAAGGCCGCCCACUUGCGCCGGCGCUGCAUUCAACACGGCGGCGGCAAGCCGUGCCUUGUCCCGACGUGCAGUGCGAACGCGCGGGCGCGCGGCGUCUGUUGGCGCCACCGCUUCAAGCCACAGACAGAGCUCUUCGGGCCGUUGGCCGACCCCGUUGAGCUCUCAGAGUUCGAGCGCGGUGAACUCGUGUCGCUGCUAGAAGACUGGCUGGCGCUCGAGGCGGCGUUCAAUGACAACGCGACGACAGACGAGGCGGAGAGUGUCUCUUCCUCGUCCAAUUCGAUCGCUUCGUUAUGGACACGACCAGAAUAG